AUGGCAUCCCCUGCAGCUGCCCUGACUUCACUGCUGCUGCUGGUGACCCUGCUGGUGACCCUGGCAGUGCAGCCAGGGGAGGCCCGACUGGCCGCCGUCCUUCUCGCCCACCUGGAAACCAUCAGAAUCGUGCCAGUGCCUCACGCCUUCGCCUUCUUGGCAGGGGCCUGCAUGGCCGCGUGCUGCAACCUGUCCAGCUGCGACCUGGCCUGGUGGCUUGAGGGUCGCUGCUUCCUGGUGAGCUGCCCGCAGGAGGAGAGCUGUGCGCCCCAGAAGAUGGGCCCUGGCAGGUUGUACCUCGUGCUCUGCUCAGGCCCGCACGGAGGCCCGCACGGAGCCCGGCCUCUGGACUACGGGGAGAGGAUGCCCAGCAGGGCUGCCGCCUCGGGGCCCUGGGGGAACCCGCCUGAGGACGCCAGGGAGUACUUGCCCCUUCCCGGCCAAGACCCGGGCGAGGCAGGGAUGGCCGCGCCCUCCGAGGACCCAGGGAGCCGGAGCCCAGCCUCCUGCAGUCCGGCCCCAAGCAGGGCCCGGGCGAGAGCGCUGCGCCCACGACCUGGAGCCUGCAGCCCGGCGUCGAUGGCCACAGCCCAGAGGCUGCGGAGAGCGACCCGAGCGACCCGAGCGCCCCGGGCGCAGCCCCGACAGCAGCGAGGCCGCCACGCUGCCGCCUCCGGGCGAGUGCGGCUCACGCAGAUGGCUCUGGAUUCACGGGGAAGAACUUGGGGUGGCCAGGCGGAGUCGAUGGCCUCCGUGGUGCCGGCGCCGCCUGCAGAAACAACCUACAAGUGUGAAUGGAGCCUACUAAGCCACCCAGCAGACUACCAGGGUGAAAUCAAGCAAGGGCACAGGCGACUCUUCUCCUCUCCCAAGCACAGCACGCCAGGGGACCAGGUGGCACGCUGCGAGUGUGAAGGCCUCCACUCCUCUGAGCUCUCAGGCAGGUGCAUCCUCAGAGCUGCCAGUCACUCCAUUCCAGCCCUCAAGUCGCGUUACCUGUCAGAUGUUGCUCUGAGAGCUGUCAGCAGGACUGUGCCCUUCAAGGUGGCCCUUUCUGGUGAGGCCUCUGGACAGGGCAUCCUCACUGUCACUGUGAGUCAGAGGUCAGCGGGCGCCCCGGGAGCGCGUGGCCGCCACCCGGUCCUGCGCUCGGCUCGCCUUGCUCCCGGCAACUACACUUUCAGGUUGACCGUCACGGACUUGGAGGGAGCCACCGACCCCACCACGGCCACCUUGGUCAUCAGCAGGGCUGCAGAUCACCCACCUGUGGCCAAUGCAGGCCUAAACCAGACCAUUACCGAGCCCCGAAACUCCGACCAGAGCAGUGACGAUGGCCAGAUCGUCCUCUGUGAGUGGUCCCUGGACCCCAGCAGUGGGGGCACAGAGCUCCAGGGGACCAAGGCUUUGGACAAGGGCCUGUGGUUGACAUUCCAGAUCCAAGCUAGGAAUUCUUCUCGGGAGCAGUCCACUGCUGUGGUCGCCAGCCCCAGUGCUGUGGAGAUGGAGAGUGACAGGCCUGUGGCCACCAUCACCGGGCUACAGGUGGGUGCCCAUCUCUUCUGCCUAACAGUGACAGACCAGCAGGGGCUGAGCAGCACCUCCACCCUGACUGUCAGUGACCGGGGCCUGCCUUCGCGUCCCGCAGGGCCCUGGGCCCCACCUGAAAGUCAUAGUCCUCCCAGAGCCGGGGCUGGUGGCAGACAUGUUCUUGUGCUUCCCAAUAAUUCCAUUACUGUGGGUUCAAGGUCUCCCGACGACCAAGGCAUCGUGUCCUAUCUGUGGGUGCAGGAUGGCCGGAGUCCAGCCGCUGGAGAUGUCAUCGAGGGCUCUGACCACAGUGUGGCCCUGCAGCUGGCGAAUCUGGUGGAGGCUGUCUACGCUUCCCACGUGAGAGUCACGGACAGCCAGGGGGCCUCGGACAUGGACACGGCCACUUGGAGGUGCAGCCAGGUACCCGAGACGGGCGGCCUGGUGGAGCUGGUCCUGCAGGCUGGGGUCAGGCAGCUGGCAGAGCAGCAGAAGGACGCUGUGAGGCGGCUGGCGGGGCUACUGGACGUGCUGGACUCGGACCUCAAGGUCCAGCGGAUCCAGGCGCACUUGGACCUCAGCGCGCUGCUCAUGUUCUAUGUGCAGAGCUGGCCUCCCCCCAAGGUCCUUGGAGCUGCCGACGUGACCCGAGCUCUGCGCAGGCAGCUGUCACAGGAGAAGCCCAGCUGCUUGCUUUUCAAGGUCUUGAGGGUCGACACAGCUGGCUGCCUUCUGGAGUGUUCUGGCUAUGGCCACUGUGACCCCAUCACCAAGCACUGCAUCUGCUCCCAGCCAUGGAUGGAGAACCUGAUCCAGCACUACGUCCGGGAUGGGAGAGCAACUGUGGGUGGAGUGUAUUCUACGUGCCAGGGCUGGCUCGUGCUCUCCUGGUGCUGGCGGGAGUUGUAUGAAAAAGGACUAAAAAGGAAAAAAACCAAGUACACCGUCCCGGACAACAUGGACGAACAGAAGAGAAUGGAGCUGAGGCCCAAAUAUGGUAAGACGACCCCCAAGCCCCGGAGCACAGAGCACAACUGCAGCCUGACGGUGUCCGAGUCUGAGCUUGACAGUGAGCAGGACACCAUCUUCAGCCGGCCAAGGAUGGAGAGAGGGCUUCCCAGAGUUUCCAUGAACGGCUCCGUCAGGAAUGGGGCUUCCUGCAGUUACUGCUUGAAGGACAGAUGGUGGAGCAGCCGUGAGAUGGACGGAGCCCACAGGACCCCUGUCUGCAGGACCACCAGUGGGAUGGAGCAGAGAGCCCGCCUUGCCCUGCACACGACGCCCUCUCCAGCGGACUGGCUGUUUCAUGCAGUAAAAGACCAGUUUCUUGGGACCGUGAGGCAAAGCGAACUGAAAUGCCGCUCCUCCGACUGGGAAGCUGGUUAACAGCCCAGGUAAAACCCCUGAGCUAUGUUCUGGCAGGAGUUCCACGUUUCAAAGCUGGCACGGUGAUAUCGCUCAUGUCAAGACAGAGCUCAGCACCUGUGUGUCUAGAGAACCUCAGAGAACAUUCUGUGGAUGGCAGAGGCACGGGGCUGGGGAGGAACUGUGUUCUAAAGCAGUGGAUAGGGCGGGGGGACCAAGAAGGCGGCAUUUAGCAUCGCCCUUUCUUUCUCUAAGGAAAAGCAGCGACCCUGAGGCCUGUCUUACCUGCUCACGUCAACCAUGGUGGGACUGCCAGUUCUGAACAGUGCUGAGCAUGCCCGUAGGCCAUGCCAAGACGGCAGUCACCACCCUGGCUGGUCAUCCAAAGUCCUGAAAUUCAGUCCGUCUCGAUGGAGACGGCGUGGUGCCGGUGCUUUGGGUCACUGCGGCACUUUCCACAACAACUGGACAUGUCAACCCUAUUUAAACAGCCUUCUCCUCCCACAGGGCAGCCCCCAGAGCAGGCGGGGACGCCUCUGCCCAGCUGUCAGGUGGGGCAUGUGGGGUGCUCGAAGCCACAGACAGUGCCCAACCCACAUGUCCCGCUCUGUCCUGUACAGGCGCACCCACAGCCGAGGCCUUUCCCACCGUGACU